CGCGUCGCCGUCGUCACCGCCGUGGCUUGAAAUGCCCCCACGCCGGCGAGGAGAAGCAGGCAGCCCGCAGUCCCGCUGGCAGAGGUAGAGAGCCGGGGCUGCAUGCGCUGGGCCGGCCAGGAGGGGGAGGAAGAGGAGGAGGAAGGAGAGGAGGAGGAAGAAGAAGGCAAAGGAAAGGGCCGGUCGCACGCUCUCUCGCUACCCACCCAUCCAUCCACGAACGCGCACCAUGGGCCGGCCGGCUCUGACCCGGCUGCUGCUCUUCCAGCUCCUCCUGCUCAAGCUCCACAUCGCCAAAGGCUCGGCCAAGGAGUGCGAAGAGGACCAGUUCCAGUGCCGGAACGAGCGGUGCAUCCCUUCCAUUUGGAAAUGCGACGAGGAUGACGACUGUACGGAUAACAGCGACGAAACCGAUUGCCCCAAGAAGACCUGUGCAGAAACUGAUUUUACCUGCAACAAUGGCCAUUGCAUUCCAUCAAGGUGGAAAUGUGAUGGAGAAGAUGAAUGCCCAGAUGGGUCUGAUGAAUCUGAAGCAACAUGCACCAAACAAGUAUGCCUAGCUGAAAAAAUCAGCUGUGGGGACUCCAGCAACAAAUGUAUUCCUUCCUCAUGGAGAUGUGAUGGAGAAAAGGACUGUGAAAGUGGAGUUGACGAAGCUGGCUGCACUAAUAUCUGUUCAGCCAGCGAGUUCCAAUGCAGCAACAAGACCUGUAUAGCCACAAUCUUUGUGUGUGACGGUGAUGAUGACUGUGGUGAUGGAAGUGAUGAAAGGAAAUGCCCUCCCCUCACAUGCAACCCCAACGAGUUUCAGUGCAACAACAGCCAGUGCAUCCCACAGAUCUGGGUCUGUGACAACCAUCCUGAUUGUGAAGACCAGUCGGAUGAGCUCAUGGAAAAGUGCGGCCACAAAACCAAGCCACCAGUCACGAGCACUUGUGCAGCUCAUGAGUUUCAGUGUGGCAAUGGCGAAUGCAUCCAUCUGAACUGGAAAUGUGAUGGAGAUGAGGACUGCAAGGACAAAUCAGAUGAGCAGGAUUGCCCCCUGGUGACCUGCAGCCCCGAUGAAUUCCAGUGCGGCGAUGGGACUUGUAUCCAUGGAGCCAAACAAUGCAACAAAGUCCAUGACUGUCCAGACAACAGUGAUGAAGCUGGAUGUGUUAAUGCUGCUUUCCCUUCCUUGCCUGACACAACAGAAGCGGCGUGCGAGAGUCCCAACAAGUUUCAGUGUAAGAGUGGAGAGUGCAUAGAGGAAGUCAAGGUGUGCGAUUCACACAGGGACUGCAGGGACUGGUCUGAUGAGCCUCUAAAAGCAUGUGGGGUGAAUGAAUGUGCUCUCAAUAAUGGUGGUUGUUCCCACACAUGCAGAGAUCUGAAGAUUGGCUACACAUGUGAAUGUCCUCAAGGAUACAAGCUUCUGGACAAGAAAACGUGUGGAGACAUAGAUGAAUGUGAAAAUCCAGAUGCUUGCAGCCAGAUCUGCAUUAACUACAAGGGAGAUUACAAAUGUGAAUGCUACGAGGGUUACGAGAUGGAUACCCUGUCCAAAAACUGCAAAGCUGUAGGAAAGAGCCCGUAUCUGAUUUUCACAAACCGUCAUGAAGUGCGCAAGAUCGACUUGGUGAAAAGGGACUACUCCCGCAUCAUCCCCAUGCUGAAGAACGUGGUUGCUUUGGAUGUGGAGGUGGCAACAAACAGAAUCUAUUGGUGUGAUUUGUUCUACAGGAAGAUAUACAGUGCCUACAUAGAUAAAGCCAGCAAUACAGCAGACCAGAUGGUUCUAAUUGAAAGCCAGUUAAACUCUCCUGAAGGCUUGGCGAUGGACUGGGUCCACAAGAACAUCUACUGGACAGAUUCAGGAAACAAGACCAUUUCUGUUGCCACUGCUGAUGGGAGUAAGAGAAGGACACUUUUCAGUACUGAUUUAAGUGAGCCCCGAGCAAUUGCUGUGGAUCCAACACGAGGGUUUAUGUAUUGGUCUGACUGGGGGGACAUUGCAAAAAUUGAAAAAGCUGGCUUGAAUGGUGUAGAUCGGCAAGUGCUUGUGACAGACAACAUUGAAUGGCCCAAUGGCAUCACACUGGAUUUGUUGAAUCAGCGUCUCUACUGGGUGGAUUCCAAAUUGCACUUACUUUCGAGUGUAGAUUUCAAUGGCAACAACAGGAAAGUUCUCAUAUCUUCUGCGGAUGACCUGAGCCACCCGUUUGGAAUAGCAGUGUUUGAGGACAGGGUGUUCUGGACUGACUUAGAGAAUGAGGCCAUCUUCAGUGCCAAUAGGCUGAAUGGUCUGGAUAUCUCCAUUUUAGCUGAGAACCUCAAUAAUCCCCAUGAUAUUGUAGUCUUUCAUGAGCUGAAGCAACCUAAAGCUCCAAAUGCUUGCGAUCCGAGUUCCCAAACAAAUGGAGGCUGUGAAUAUCUUUGUCUUCCUGCGCCCCAGAUUUCUCCACAUUCCCCAAAAUAUACAUGUGUUUGUCCUGACAAUAUGUGGUUGGGGCCUGACAUGAAAAAGUGCUAUCAAGAGCUUCCACCUACCUCAACUCAUGUGCCUGCUACUACUACAACUUACUUGCCCAAUUUUACUGAUAUUAGUACUGCUCUUACAAUGACAACGACAACAACAACCACCACCACCACCAUUGUUACAACCAAUAGCACCAGAAACAUUAGUACAGAAGGCCAAGAAACCACAACACAAUUUGUUCUUGGCACUACAAGCCUCCGUUCAGACACAACCACAAUCACAACAACAGAAUCCAAAAUGACGACAACUGGAAACAGCAAUCUCUCCCAGCAUUAUACUAAUGAUGGGCAAGGUUUUGGAUCAACUGUGAUGGCAGCCAUCAUUGGAAUAGUUGUUCCUGUUGUGGUAAUUGGUCUGUUAUGUAUGGGAGGGUACUUCAUCUGGAGAAACUGGAAACGGAAAAACACGAAAAGCAUGAACUUUGAUAAUCCUGUAUAUAGGAAGACUACAGAAGAGGAGGAUGAAGAUGAAAUUCAUAUUGGGAGAACAACACAGAUUGGACAUGUGUACCCAGCACGUGUAGCACUAAGCCUAGAAGAUGAUGGGUUGCCCUGAGAGGAACCACAAUUGCUCCUUCCCUACAGCCAGUGGACUGAUAGAUAUGCACUGAACAGAUCUGCUGUGGAUCGUGGAAUCCACCUUCUUUUAUCCCUUUCCCCUGUCCUUUUAAUUAUUGUUUAUGUUGCAGAAGGGUAACCACAAAGUUGUAAUGAACUACAAACAUCCAAAGGAUGUGAGAGUUUUGUAUGUAUAAUCUUUUAUACACCUUUUUAACUUCUUGCACUAUCCAUCUAUUAAUAGUGAGGAGCCUGCUCUACUGCUCAGCUACUAACUCGAUGUAUACAACCAGCCAGACCCAUGGGUCAGUAGCUUACACGUCAUUUUUGAAAACUAUAUUUAUAGAAGUUUUGUAAAUAUAUCAGACAUACUUUGUGGCGGUCCAGCAACAUGAAAAAAGAGAUCUAUACAUGCCAUUUAGGAUAUUUAUUAACAAACUCUGGACAUAAGAUUUAUUCUGUAAAUAUACCUAGAGCAUAAGAGUAUUUAUUUUUUGUAUGUUUGGCUCGCUGUGCAUAGAUUAUCUGUCUAUGCCUAUCAAAGCUAGAUAGGUAUAUAGACAUCUCCAUAUAUAAAUAAAUCUCUAUAUAAAAUAUAAAUAUAUAUAUAUAUAUAAUAAAUGAAUAUAUUUUAGAAAGACUAACCCAGCAGUAUGGGAAGUAGAGUAACAGAAUUCUUAUGGGAGGUUUUGUGGAAAUUUUGCUUUGAUGUUAGAAACUACUGAGUAAGAAAUGCAGCUGUUAGAAUAGAAUAGUUGAUGACUGUCAAAAGAACAAAGUAGUCAUAUGAUGAACAAACCAAAUUUUGUCCAAGCUUAUAUGCAGUUCUUAGCAAAUUUACAGUGUAUUCAUCCCAUCAAGCUCAGUGAGAUGUACUUCAGAGUAAGCAUUUUUUUUUUCAGUCGGCUCGUUAGCCUUAUUGGAAAUUUUCACCUUAAAAUAUUCUGGGUCUAGGAGUGCUCCUUUCUGCUCAAAAAAGAAGUGUUUACUAAUAGCAGGUUUUCUCCAAUAAUGAAAAUGACUGAAUACUGUUCUCACACUAAUACUAGGGGUACCAAAUAAUUCUAAAUGUGCAUAUUUGGAGUUAAGUCCCUCAGGUUCAGUGGAAAACAUUCCUAAAGUGAAUUGGGUUGUAGAAACAGUAAUUGCGGAAUGCAGGGUAUUGGUAUCAAUAUCCAAACAUAUAUACUAUUAUUCUUUGUUAAUGCAUACUGAAAAUCUCACUCUCUAUUACUUGAAGACACUGUCCUGCUGACGUUCAUUGGUGGCUAAAUCAACUACAAUAAUUGAAAUGGCUUUUGCACAACUUUCAGGAACUGGAAGUCCAUCCCAACCCCUUAGAAUCUUCUGGAGCUCUCUCCCUGCAUUUAUUUGGCCUAAACAUGACCAAGUGUGGCCCCUGGAGCUUUCAAGGGGUGAAUAGCCAUUUUUGGAGAGUCAUAUGUCUUAAUUUAGCCUCAAGGAGACAAUUUUUAAAGACCUGGUCACAGCCUGAAAAUGGACUUAAAUGGUCAGUUGUCCACCAAGGAAAUUCUGAAGAUGCGAUGUUAAGCCCUACAAAAUUGGAAGGGUAAUCAGAUUGCAAGUAAUCCAAGGGCUCUAUCUUACUCCACCCCACCCCUACACUAUCUAUUUGCUGUUUGUUGGUUGAUACUAAUGACUUCUCAUCAUUACACUCUUAUGGAUUGGCCUCCUAUGUACUUUAAAUAUAAUGUAUGGAUUUUUGUUGUUGUUGUUGCUAAAAGACAGUUGGAGCACCAGCCUGUUCUGUGUAGAGUAAAAGCCUUUCAUUGUAUCUGUGCUUUCAAUUAAGUGUUUCCAGUUUGCAGGUCCUACCUUUUUAUUACUUCCUGUUGAUUGCAACUGGAUGAGUGUUCCUUGAAUAGCCUCUCUUGAUUACCUCAAGUCAGGUUCUCUUCCACAGCACAGUUUUAACUAGUCUUCCAAUUUUUAAGAAGUUUGCAUGGAAAAAUAACACUAUUUUACUAUUGCAAGCCACCCAGUAAUUUAAUCUCUGUGAAAGCAAAAUUGUUUAAGAGGCAUUUUAUUAUUAUUCCCCGGUUAAGAUCUCCAGGAAGCAAUUAAACCUGAAGGAAGUAUACAUUAUAAAAGAAUAUCAGUCAUGUGGGACGAUUUUUGAUGGAUAGAACUUUCCUGUACUAAUGCUGAACUAUAACUAAACAGGGCUAAAGCAAACUAAGACAUCAACUUUAUCCUGCCUAUACAGGUUUGACUAGCAAAUGGCUACAUUGGCCAACGUGUCUCACUCACUUGUUUGGAUUUAACUGAUGGUGAUUAUUGUGAUUUGGUUAUAACAGAAACCAGUACAAAGGUAUCUAGAAGGAUUAACGCUCUUCUGCAAACUAUUUCUUUAACUUCAGGAUGUUAACACAAAUGAAACUGAAGACUGUAUUCUACUCAAGACAACACAACCUGUUACAUUCUUUUUCAUUUCAUUUUGGCUAGCAUUAUUUGCUCUGGUGUUACUUUUAGUAUACAUCCCUAUACUUCUUGUGGUAGAAAGGCACCCUCAAGUCUCUCUCCAUACCAAUAGCUUUCAUAUGAAGAGAGGGGUGAGUAACUUUGAGCCCUGUGCCUGUUUUAGUCAGGAGUAAGUUGUAUAAUGAUUACUUGCAUUUAAAAUUGCAACCUAAAAUUUAUUUGUGAGUAGUCUUCAAGAACAAAAACA